AGUCGAACUUUUUGUCUCGUCCUCGCCGCGUCCGAUUUUCCAUAUAUCCCGAUUUUCGUCUCAAACUUGGAAGAUAUAUUGCCAAAAUAUUGCAUUCGGCUAGCCGCUGCGUUGUGUGUGUUGUUGUGCGUGGAGUUGCGUGUGCAGUUGCAAGAAGAUAUAGUCGUCUAUAUCGUCAGACCGAUCUCGAUCCCAAGUGCGAUUCCCGUUGGUUACAUACUACCCGUUCGGUAGGCAACAAAAUGGUGAACGUAACCAUCUACGAUGAGGCACCGCAGCUGAAGCCCAACGAAGUACCCCAAAACAUGGCCGCAGGAGCUGAUACCCAACUGGAGCACAUGUGCCGUCUGCAGUUCGACUCGCCAGUGCCCCAUGUGCGUCUGUCCGGAAUCGUGUGCACCAUCGGACCUGCCUCCAGCAGCGUGGAGAUGCUGGAGAAGAUGAUGGCCACCGGCAUGAACAUCGCGCGCAUGAACUUCUCUCACGGAUCGCACGAGUACCAUGCCGCCACCGUGGCCAAUGUGCGCCAGGCGGUGAAGAACUACUCGGCCAAGCUGGGCUACGAACACCCCGUGGCCAUUGCCCUGGACACCAAGGGGCCCGAGAUCCGUACCGGUCUGAUCGGAGGCAGCGGCACCGCCGAGAUUGAGCUGAAGAAGGGCGAGAAGAUCAAGCUGACCACCAACAAGGAAUUCCUGGAGAAGGGCUCUCUGGAGAUUGUGUACGUGGACUACGAGAACAUUGUCAAUGUGGUGAAGCCCGGCAACCGGGUGUUCGUCGAUGACGGUCUGAUCUCACUGAUUGUCCGCGAGGUAGGCAAGGAUUCCCUCACCUGCGAGGUGGAGAACGGCGGCUCUCUGGGUUCCCGCAAGGGUGUGAACCUGCCAGGCGUGCCCGUCGAUCUGCCUGCCGUCUCCGAGAAGGAUAAGAGCGAUCUGCUGUUCGGUGUGGAGCAGGAAGUGGACAUGAUCUUUGCUUCGUUCAUCCGCAACGCCGCUGCUUUGACCGAGAUCCGUAAGGUUCUUGGCGAGAAGGGCAAGAACAUCAAGAUCAUUUCCAAGAUCGAGAACCAGCAGGGCAUGCACAACCUGGACGAGAUCAUCGAGGCCGGUGAUGGCAUUAUGGUGGCCCGUGGAGAUCUGGGUAUUGAGAUUCCCGCCGAGAAGGUGUUCCUCGCCCAGAAGGCCAUGAUUGCCCGCUGCAACAAGGCUGGCAAGCCUGUGAUCUGCGCCACUCAGAUGUUGGAGUCAAUGGUGAAGAAGCCACGUCCCACUCGCGCUGAGAUCUCUGAUGUGGCCAACGCUGUGCUCGAUGGUGCUGAUUGCGUCAUGUUGUCUGGUGAGACCGCCAAGGGCGAGUACCCGCUGGAGUGCGUCCUGACCAUGGCCAAGACCUGCAAGGAGGCCGAGGCUGCCCUCUGGCACCAGAACCUCUUUAACGACUUGGUUCGCGGCGCUGGUACCAUCGAUGCCUCUCACGCGGCUGCCAUCGCUGCCGUUGAGGCUGCCACCAAGGCCAAGGCCUCCGCCAUCGUGGUGAUCACCACCAGCGGCAAGUCGGCCUUCCAGGUGAGCAAGUACCGCCCACGCUGCCCCAUCAUCGCGGUCACCCGUUUCGCGCAGACCGCCCGACAGGCCCAUCUCUACCGUGGACUGGUGCCACUCAUCUACAAGGAGCCCGGUCUUGGUGACUGGCUGAAGGACGUGGACGUGCGCGUGCAGUUCGGUCUGCAGGUCGGAAAGAAGAACGGCUUCAUCAAGACCGGCGAUUCCGUCGUGGUGGUUACCGGCUGGAAGCAGGGCUCCGGCUUCACCAACACCAUCCGCAUUGUCACCGUCGAAUAAAUUCUGCCGCUCAGGAAGUACCUGGAUGCGUCGCAGCUGCCGCGGGCGUCGCGUUGAUUACUGUUAAUAACCAAGUUAAUUUAUUAAUUACACAAUAUUCGGAAUAUUGGAAACUGCAGGAGGCUGCUGGAACCGCUGUCAGAAGCGCCGAAGGCCGGCCCGGGCCUCAAACAGACACACAAAUAUACUAUACCAUUGUUGAAUAAUAGAGAUUUCUUCGAAAAUUAUAAUAAAGUCAUCACUGUAUUUAUGUACGUAUGGAAAG